CUGCCCACCGGUCCCGUUAGAGCACCCGGCCCGCGCGCCAAGCCCGCAGCGCCCCAGCCCCUUGCUCCGCGCCGUCGCGCCCCCCGCCGCGACCCCGGCCCGGCGCCGGUUCAGAAGGUCUCGGAAGCUCUUCUAGUUCCCUGGGGUCGGAUUCCUGGGGAGGGGGUCUGAUCUGGUGGAAUUCUGGCCCCACCACCCUCUCGGGGAAUGAGCCAAAAUUCCUACUAAGUCACAUAGUGCAGUUGGAAAACAUACCCAAGACCUCCCUGCGCCUGUCCUUGCUGCUCUCGGGGGACGCGUCCCGCUGAUUCCCCCUCACUCUUGCAGCUUGGGGUAGGGUUCCUGGGAGGGAUGCUGGUGGGUGGGGCCCUGAUAACAGCAGGCGCAGCCGGUGGCAAAAGAUACACCUGUUGCGAUGGCUCUGCUCCCUCCUCCCGACGCCCCCUGGUUCCAGGACAGAGGAGAGGGUGGGAACAAGGGAUUCAAGCCCAGGAUAGAGACUGCACCCCCCCCCGCCCCCGCCGCUGCUGAAGCAGACUGCCCAGCCCCAUCCACUCCCACUGCAAUGACCUGUUUCCCAGAGGUGAGUCCAGCAAUGUAAAGGGGUUAGCCCUGCAGGUCCCAUGCCGGGACCUUCACUGUCCAACGUGGAGAGAUGUGGCCAGCAGGAGCCCAGAUUUUUCCAGGUCAGGAUCCAGCCUGGCACCGAAGUGACCACCUCUGCCCUCUCCUGUCCUCACCCAAAUACACCAGGAGAAGGGCAUGGACAGGGUGGAAGCACAAAUGUGUGUCUGUUUUGGGGGGGGGGGGAUCGGCCCCCUGCCCAGCUGCAGGGCAGGGGAGGGCAGGGUGGGACUUUUCCAGAGAGGGAGCCAGGCCUGGCGGGUGGCCCUUGGCGCUCGCGUCACCGCCCCCCCACCCCUCACUUCUCCAGGGAGCUGCCAAAGCCAAACCCAGCUUGGGCUGGGAUUAUGUGUCCUGGGUAGACCCAUGGAGUGGAGCAGGGGUGAAGCAGACACGGAGGGGGACCCCGCAGGGAGAAGGCAGCCCAUGGCGUGGUGGUCGGCAUGCAUCCAAUCAAGGGUCAACAGGCUGAAGGUUUGGGUAGAACAUGGGCUCUCAGCAGGGCGGAGCUGCUGACCUCAGUGGUCAGUCCGGCCAUCAGCAGCCCCUUCCCAGCUCUGGGCAGCAGAGCGAGCCUGCCCGCUGCAGGUCUCAGGGAGGACAAGGGGGCCCCAGAGUGUACCCCCUUCCCACCGCUGUUCUCCUGCCCCGGAGCUGGCCCACCUCACAAGUGGCUCCUUGGAACCUUUUCCCGGGUGCCUUUUGGAUCCAACAGAAACACGUUUUUGGUUUUUUUUUUCCUGGAAAGCAGAGCUAAGAGCAGGAUUAGGAGUGGGGGCGGGAAGGGCUGCAAGUCUGAAGGGUGGGGAGUGUCAAGCUCAGAGGGCAAGCUAGACUUCAGGGUGAACUUCCCAAAGCCUGCCAGGAGUUGGGGGGCUGGGGAUGGGAGAGCAACAAGGGCAAUGGUGGCUGCCAUCUCUCCUUUGCUAGGUCUCCCUAGCCAGUGCAGCGCUGUGGAAAGGAGGCCUUUAGGGUGGAUGGACGGCAGCCCCCAGAGGGGAGGUUAAGUCACCUGCUUCUGCUUUAUGAUGAUUAAACCACCAACCCACUUAGUUUAUCCCUUGGCCCAGAAGCGUCUGAGGCGGCAGGGCUGUGCCCAACUGCUCCAUAAGGAGCUUAGUCGAGGAGGGAAGACGAAGCUGGGAGGCCGGUAGCAAGCAGAGGUGGCUGGGAAAGGGAUCCUCUCACGAAGGCCCCAGUGUCGUGGGCUCGGGCGGAUGGGGUCUGAGUCUCAGCUUUGCAGGUGCCUCUGUAUGUAUGGGCAGGGGAGAGGGGCCAGAUGGUAAGCAUCCCAAGUUACUGGCCUCCAAACAGCCCCUAGAGGGGACUCAGGGAGGGGCUGAAAAGUUCCUGCAGGGCCAAGGGAGAGUGGGAGGGGAGGCUGAGGUCAGGCCCCCGCCCUGCAGCCAGACCCUCCACACCAUGAAGGUGGGUGUUGGUGGUGAUGGCUGGGCUUGUGUUUCUGCAGACAGCAACCCGCGUCCCCCCCCCCCCCCCGGCGCCCUGAUGUCUGAGUAGAGCCCCCUCCAGGCCCCUGCUCUCAGUCGAGGGCUGAGAGAUGAAGUGGGCAGGCUGGUCCUGGUUGUGUCUGCUGCUUCUGGCUCUUCCCCAUCCCUGCCUGGAUCAGGAGGUGCCAUCUGGACAUUCAGCACAAAUGCCCCCAGAUGAGGCCCAGGGGCCCGAGGGGUCAUGGGGUCCUUGGAACCACUGGUCCUCUUGUUCCCAGCCCUGCGGAGCCGGGGUGCAGCGCAGGAGCCGCACGUGCCAGCUCCGCCAGGACCUGGCCCUCCCUCCCCGGCCCCCGCGACACCCCGAAGCCCUCCUGCCCCGGGCUGGCCAGGGUCCCAGACCCCAGGUCUCUGGAGAAACCCACCCUCUAUACAGGCCUCCACCUCGGGGAAGAGGCGGCCCCCUUCGAGGCCCUGCCGCCCAGCUGGGCAGAGAGGAGACCCAGGAGAUGGCAGGGGCUAGGAGAUCUCGGGUCCGAGAGCCCAUCAAGCCUGGAAUGUUCGGCUACGGGAGGGUGCCAUUUGCCUUGCCGCUGCAUCGCCACCGCAGACACCCCCAGCGGCCACCCCGGGCUGCUGCUUCUGGGGUGCCAGGGGCACCCCUGCCAUCAGCCCUGUCUCCUCAUGCUGAGCUACCCACCACGGUCCCACCCACGGAGCUGCCAGCCCGCACCUCUGCCCUCCUAGCAAACACUGAGGGGUCCAGGGCCAGGGCUGCCCCCCGCACAGAGUCCCUCUCAUCCACCCUCUUGGGGCAGAGGAGCCCCUCACCUCUUUCCCCCCAGCCAUGGAUGCCGAGUAUCCAGGGCUGGGCCGGUCCCCGUCCCCGGGGAGCAGGGAGACACCCGGAGUCUUUCCCUCGGGGCAGCCUGCAAGGGUCUCCCAUGGAGCCAGGCACCUGGCUGCCCCUGCUGAGUGACAGCCCUCCGGACAGCCCCCUCUGGAGCCUCUUUGCCCCCAGCAACCCCGUCCCGUGGUGCUCUGGGGAGACGGAGCAGCUGAGAGCCUGCAGCCAGGCGCCCUGUCCCCCGGAGCAGCCAGAUCCCCGGGCCCUGCAGUGCGCAGCUUUCGACUCCCAGGAGUUCAUGGGCCAGCUGUAUGAGUGGGAGCCCUUCACCCAAGUUCAGGGCUCCCAGCGCUGUGAGCUGAACUGCCGUCCCCGUGGCUUCCGCUUCUACGUCCGUCACACGGAGAAGGUCCAGGAUGGGACCCUGUGUCAGCCGGGAGCCCCAGACAUCUGCGUGGCGGGGCGCUGUCUGAGCCCCGGCUGUGAUGGGAUCCUUGGCUCUGGCAGGCGUCCAGAUGGCUGUGGGGUGUGCGGGGGUGACGAUUCCACCUGUCGUUUCGUUUCGGGGAACCUCACCGAGCGAGGCGGUCCCCUGGGCUAUCAGAAGAUCCUGUGGAUUCCCGCGGGCGCUUUCCGGCUCCACAUUGCUCAACUCCGGCCAAGCGCAAACUACCUUGCACUCCGGGGCCCCGGCGGCCGCUCCAUCAUCAACGGGAACUGGGCCGUGGACCCCCCUGGCUCCUACCCAGCUGGGGGGACCGUCUUCCACUACAGCCGCCCCCCACGGGAGGAGGGCAAGGGCGAGAGUCUGUGGGCUGCGGGCCCCACCACAGAGCCUGUGGAUGUCUACGUGAGCCUGGGUGGGGGCAAGCUGGGAGGUGGGGCCGCUCUGGUUAAGGGUGAACCUGUGGGCAUGACAGGUGUGGGGGUGGCUUGCGCUGACCCUCCCGCUACGCCCAACUCCCACCUCCACCCUUCUCCCCAGAUGAUCUUCCAGGAGGAAAACCCAGGCGUUGCUUACCAGUAUGUCAUCUCAUCACCCCCUCCCACCAUCGAGAGCCCCACCUCAGAGCCUGCCAAUCACCAGCUCUGGGCUGAGAUGCCCAGGCGGGAGCCUCCAGCUGCUGUGGCGCCCCGUGCGGCCCGGAUGCCGGGCACCAGGCAGCGGCAGGUGCGGAUCCCCCAGGUGUCUGGCCCACCACAGCACCGGACGUCUGUGGGGUCUUCAGCCGGGUACUGGAAGCGAGUGGGCUACUCAGAGUGUUCUGCAUCCUGUGGGAAAGGUAGCUGGCGCCCUAUUUUCCUCUGUGUCUCUCGUGAGUCAGGAGAGGCAUUAGAAGAGCACAGCUGUGCCGUGGGGGCCAAACCCCCGGCCUCCCUGGAACCUUGCCACGGCCCCCCCUGCCCUCCAUACUGGGAGGCUGGCGAGUGGACAUCCUGCAGCCGCUCCUGUGGCCCGGGCACCCAGCACCGCCAGCUGCACUGCCGUCAGGAGUUUGGAGGGGGCGGCUCCUCUGUGUCCCCGGAGCGCUGCGGGCACCUCCCCCGGCCCAACACCACCCAGCCUUGUCAGCUGCGCCUCUGUGGCCACUGGGAGGUCAGCUCCCCCUGGAGCCAGUGCUCCGUGCGAUGUGGGCGAGGCCAUAGAAGCCGGCAGGUCCGCUGUGUUGGAAGCAACGGUGAUGCAGUGAGCGAGCGGGAGUGCGCCUCAGGGCAGCCCAAGCCGCCCAGCAGAGAGGCCUGUGACAUGGGGCCCUGUACCACGGCCUGGUUCCACAGCGACUGGAGCCCCAAGUGCUCCGCUGAGUGCGGUACGGGGAUCCAGCGGCGUUCCGUGGUCUGCCUGGGCAGCGGGGACACCCUCAAGGCUGGUCAGGAGGAAGCAGGAGCCCAGAACAGUGGGCAGAGCUGUCCGGGCAGUCGCCCUGCUGACAUGCGUGCCUGCAGCAUGGGGCCCUGUGAGAGGAUGCAGCGUUGGUACACAGGGCCCUGGACCGAGUGCUCCUCGGAGUGUGGCUCGGGCACGCAGCAUCGGAAUGUCAUCUGUGUAUCCAAACUGGGCACUGAGUUCAACGUGACUUCUCCUGGCGACUGCUCGCACCUGCCCAAGCCCCCCACCCUGCAGCCCUGCCAGGGACCGGCCUGCCAGGACCGAUGGUUUUCUACACCCUGGGGCCCGUGUUCCCGUUCCUGCCAGGGGGGCACGCAGACAAGGGAGGUCCAGUGCCUAAGCGCCAAUCAAACCCUCAGCGCCAGAUGUCCUCCUCAUCUGCGACCCUCCAGGAAACGAUCUUGCAACAGCCAGCCCUGUAACCAACGCCCCGAUGAUCAGUGUAAGGACAGCUCUCCACACUGCCCCCUGGUGGUGCAGGCCCGGCUCUGCGUCUACCCGUAUUACACAGCCACCUGCUGCCGUUCUUGCGCCCAUCUCCUGGAGCGGCCCCCGCUGGAGCCUGCCUGAAAAGGGUCUGGGAGGCAACUGUCCUCCUGGUUUUCUCGUGCCACCCACUCUGUAACGCCCUGGCUCUCCGACCUGCCCAAGUCUCACCAGAGAUGUCCUCCAGGGACAAGGACGGUCAAGACCCAGGCUUGGGUGUGUGUGGUGUGCUGGCGGUGUGCGUGUCUGCCCUGGCAUGUUUCUGGGCUUUGCGUGGGUGUGUGUGCGCUCAUAUGUAUAUCACUCCUCAAAGCCUAGUGGCGCAGAUCACGAAGGCGCCAUCUCCUGAGACCCGGCUAGGCUGAGCGGAAGGCAAGCUUGCAGUUCUUUCUCAACCGGUUCCCCCUCUGCUCCAGCCUGGUGCCCUAAGCCUCACUUCUGUUCAGACCACACCUCUUCCCAGCCACCCUCUGACUCUCCUCUCUGUUGCCUCCCUAACUAGUUAGGAAUGAGGGGAGGAGGGGGCGGUUGGGGGUAACCACUGCCUGUCCUGCCUUAUCACAAGAGGAAGGCCUGCCUGCCUGGAGCAGGAGCAGCUCGACAGAAGGUGGAAAAGAGAAAUGCUAGCAUAAGACACUCGGGGCCCCUGCCCCACCGAAAACGGUCCCCACCCAAGAAAUAAUUUAUUUUUAUUAAAGAUGGUUAUGACA